AUGGAGAAAAACGAGAAAACAAGUCUGUUCGCUAGAGUAUGUUCUUGGUCUAUCAAAGAUAUUCUCAACACAGAUCUCUACAAGGAAAAGAUAAAGACAAUACCAGACAGAUUUAGUUCUGUUGAUGAAUACUUUCAGUGUUUUGUUCCUCAUCUACUCGAGGAAACCCGAACCGAGUUGUUCUCGAGCUUCAAAACUUUAUCGAAAGCUCCUUUCUUUCAAAUACAGUCUAUGGAGAAAAGGACAAAUGAAUUUAGUGGAAAGUCACCAAUUAAGUUGUUCCAUGAUAUAACAUUAGUGAAUGCAUUGUACGAGCCGAAUUGUGGAGAUAAAAGUGCAAAGUAUGAGCCAAAGUGUGGAGAUAUUAUUGCUAUGAGUCUGACGGAGGAAAGGCCUAGUCGAAUCGAUGACUUGAAUCCCUUACUUCUAGCCUACGUUUUCUCUGUGUUUGGUGAUUUUAAAAUCUCUGUUUGUUUGUCUAGAUCGAUAUCUCCUGAUGAGAAACGUUCAUUUCGUUUUGGUGUUUUUCUCAUGACUCUAACCACAAACAAUCGAAUUUGGAAUGCUUUGCACAACGAAGAUGCCAAUUCCACUCUAAUCGAGAGUGUGCUUCAGGAAAAUGCUCUGGAUACAGAACAAUGUGUUUACUGUGAGAAUGAUGUUGAUGGUUCUGAAUAUGAUCAUAUUUUGAAUAUUAUCCGCUCAGCGAAAUUGAACUCUUCCCAAGAAGCUGCAAUUUUGGGCUGCAUUAAGACAAGGAACUGUAAACACAAGAAGAGUGUGAAACUGAUAUGGGGACCUCCUGGUACAGGCAAAACAAAGACGGUGGCCACUCUUCUCUCUGCUCUUGUCAAACUAAAGUGCAAAACAGUUGUGUGUGCUCCAACAAACACAGCUAUUGUACAAGUUGCAUCGAGGUUCUUGACCUUAUUUAAGGAUUAUUCUACAUUAGAACACACCACUUACGGGAUGGGGAGUAUAGUUCUGUCUGGAAACCGUGAGAGAAUGGGGAUUAGGAAGAAGAGUGUUCUCGAAGAUGUGUUUUUUAAUCAUCGCAUCAGUAAACUUAGUGGAUUGUUUUCAACCUCUUCUGGCUGGAAGCAGCGUUUGUUCUCAAUCAAAGAUUUUCUUGAGAACACAGAGGCUAAGUACGAGCAACAUGUACAUGAACUAGAAGAAGAAGAAAGGAUCAAGAAAGAAGAACAAGAAAAAGAAGAAAGGAUCAAGAAAGAAAAAGAAAAAAAGAAGAAAGAAGAUCAAAAGAAUAACGAAGAAGCUGAAAAGAUGAAAGAAGUUGAGAGGAUGAACGAAGAAGUUGAAAAGAAUAACAAGAAAGAAGUUGUAAAGAUUCCUACAUUUGGAGAGUUUGUGAAGAAAACGUUUAAUGGCUUAAGUGGAGCACUGGAGAUAUAUAUAGUAGAUUUGUUCACUCAUCUGCCUAAGCCUUUCGUUUCAUCUGAAGAUGUGAAGAAUAUGAUCGCAGCCCGCCAAGCUCUUCAGCGUGUUAGAUAUUUCUUGGAGGAGAAUUUCUCUAGAGAUGAUUUCAAGAAAGGUAGUUUCAAAUUCAAUUGCUUCAUCAGAUUCAUCACUGUAGAUGCUCUUGAGGCUCUAAGUCUUCUUCCAGAAAGUUUUGGGAUAACAGGCUUGGAUCGAUACGAAGACAUUAGGAAAUUUUGUCCACGAAAUGCAGACAUAAUCUUCUGCACAGCCUCAGGUGCUGCAGAUAUGAAACCGGAAAGGAUAGGAUCAAUCGACCUUCUUGUGAUCGAUGAGGCGGCUCAGCUUAAAGAAUGUGAAUCGAUUGCUGCAUUGCGACUUCAGGGACUUCGCCAUGCACUUCUAAUAGGAUAUGAGUUUCAGUUACCUGCAAUGGUUCAUAACGAUGAAUGUGAAAAGGCGAAAUUCGGAAGAAGCUUGUUUGAAAGAUUGGUUCUGAUUGGUCAUAACAAACACUUGCUAGAUGUUCAAUACAGAAUGCAUCCUUCCAUUAGUCGUUUCCCCAAUAAGGAGUUUUAUGGUGGGAAAAUCAAAGAUGCUGCGGUUGUUCAAGAAAGCUUUUAUCGAAAGUGCUUUCUUCAAGGAAAUAUGUUUGGAUCUUUCUCGUUUAUCAAUGUGUGCCGUGGAAAAGAAGACUUUGGUGAUGGACAUAGUCCUAAGAACAUGGUUGAAGUUGCUGUGAUUUCUCAAAUCAUAUCCAGUCUUUAUAAAGUUGCAAGUGAAAGAGAGAAGAAGAUGAGCGUUGGAGUUAUCUCACCUUACAAAGAACAAGUCAGGGCAAUCCAAGAGAUGAUCGGACAUAAGUACGGCUCCUUAUCAAGCUGGCGUUUCAGUUUAAAUGUUCAGUCGGUAGAUGGGUUUCAAGGAGGAGAAGAGGAUGUUAUCAUCAUCUCUACCGUUAGAAGUAACGGUAAAGGAAAUAUUGGAUUUCUCAGUAACCGUCAAAGAGCCAACGUGGCACUGACUCGAGCAAGGCACUGUUUAUGGGUGAUUGGCAACGAGACGACUUUGGCUCUAAGUGGUUCGGUUUGGGCAAAACUGAUAAGUGAGUCGAGGGCACGUGAAUGUUUCUUUGAUGCUAGAGAUGAUAGGAGAUUGAGAGAUGCCAUGAAUGAUGCUCUUCUUGAGGAUGUGUCUUCAAGUUUUGCAUCAAUUUCGAUCUGA